CCUAAUUUUUACGGAGUAUUUUUUUUUCUAUACAUACCAUUUCCCUCCAGUUUAUUCCAAUUCUUAAAUACCCAUCUAUCUAUCUUAUUUUCUUCCCCUCAUCUCUCUAAAUUUAUAGCUUUAGUUACUUUAUUUGGACAAACCCUUGAAGCAAAAGGAGUUCAUCAACCAUGUCUUUCAAAAGGUCCAACUCUAUGUCAGGAUUGUCUAUCGCAGACCACAGCAAAAAUUCAUUUCUGGAAUUAAAGAGGAAGAAGGAACAUCGUUAUGUGAUAUUCAAGAUCGACGAGAAGAAAAGAGAGGUUAUCGUCGAGAAGACUGGCUCUCCAGCUGAGAGCUAUGAUGAUUUUCUGGCUGCUUUACCAGACAACGACUGUCGAUAUGCAGUCUAUGAUUUCGAUUUUGUGACAUCCGACAACUGCCAGAAGAGCAAAAUUUUCUUCUUUGCAUGGGCUCCUUCAACCUCUCGUAUACGGGCCAAGAUGCUGUAUGCCACAUCAAAGGAGAAUUUCAAGCAUGAGCUUGACGGUGUCCAUUAUGAAAUUCAGGCGACUGACCCGUCUGAAUUGGAUCUCGAAGUUCUGAAAGAGCGUGCACAUUAAUUAUUUUGAUCUCAAUACAGAGAUGAUGAUUCUUUGUAAGAUGGAAGAACAGAUCAAUUACAGAAGGUCUGACAUUUGAAUUGAAGCUCAUGGGUUGUUACAUGAUAAAAGUGUACCACUAGCUAUUUACCCCAUGUUGCUUGUCAGAUUAUAUGGGUCUAAGACAGGAUUACCAAAUUGUAAGCUUAAUACCAAUUAUAAUGUUCUGAUUCUUGGAAGUUGGAAAUUAAAAAUGCUAUCAAUUCAGAUGUUUUAUGCAUAA